CAGCCGUUUCCCAGGCGGUAGUGGGGGCAGCCCUUUCCCAAGGCGGUAGCGGGGGUGGUGUCGCUGUUGCCCUUUUAAGCCGCGGGGCAGCCGCCUCCUGCCGGUGGAGUCAGUUACAAAGGGAGCAGCCGCCCAGGCCGCUACACAGCCCCUCGCCAUUUUCCAGCCCCGACCGACGCGGGCCGGGGCGGCGGGGAGAGGCGGAGCCGCGAGAGCGCGGCCCGGGCCGGCCCCGCGGGGCGGUCGCGGCCGUGACGGCGGCUCCGGGCCCGGCUCCCCUUCCGCACCCCUCCCGCCGGAGAUGAGGGGAAGAUGUCCGUGUCAGGGCUCAAGGCCGAGCUGAAGUUCCUGGCGUCCAUCUUCGACAAGAACCACGAGAGAUUCCGCAUCGUCAGUUGGAAGCUGGACGAGCUGCAUUGCCAGUUCCUGGUGCCGCCACCGGCGCCGCCGGGCAGCCCUCACUCCCCGCCGCCGCCGCUCACACUCCACUGCAAUAUCACGGAAUCUUAUCCAUCUUCUUCACCAAUAUGGUUUGUGGACUCUGAUGACCCAAAUCUGACAUCAGUUCUGGAACGUCUAGAAGACACUAAGAACAACAAUUCGCUUCGUCAGCAGUUGAAGUGGUUGAUAUGUGAACUCUGCAGAUUAUAUAACCUUCCUAAGCACCUGGAUGUUGAGAUGCUAGAUCAACCACUACCCACGGGUCAGAAUGGGACAGCAGAAGAAGUGACUUCAGAAGAGGAGGAAGAGGAAGAGAUGGCUGAAGAUAUAGAAGACUUAGAUCAUUAUGAAAUGAAGGAAGAAGAGCCUAUUAGUGGGAAAAAGUCAGAGGAUGAAGGAAUUGAAAAAGAAAAUUUGGCAAUAUUAGAGAAAAUUAGGAAGACUCAAAGGCAAGACCAUCUAAAUGGUGCAGUGUCUGGGUCUGUACAAGCUUCAGAUAGACUUAUGAAAGAGCUCAGGGACAUAUACAGAUCACAGAGUUAUAAAACAGGGAUUUAUUCAGUGGAACUCAUAAAUGACAGUUUAUAUGACUGGCAUGUUAAACUGCAGAAGGUUGAUCCUGAUAGUCCUUUGCACAGUGAUCUUCAGAUCUUAAAAGAAAAAGAAGGCAUAGAAUAUAUUUUGCUUAACUUCUCUUUUAAGGAUAACUUUCCAUUUGAUCCUCCAUUUGUUCGAGUGGUGUUACCUGUUCUCUCAGGAGGGUAUGUGUUGGGUGGUGGAGCAUUAUGCAUGGAACUACUCACAAAACAGGGCUGGAGCAGUGCCUAUUCAAUAGAAUCGGUCAUCAUGCAAAUCAAUGCCACCUUAGUCAAAGGCAAAGCCAGAGUGCAGUUUGGCGCAAAUAAGGCUGGUACACCCCUCCAAAGGAAGAUGGCUAAAUGUGUUGACUUUUGUAUGUUUGGACCAAUGUUGCUUUAAAGAAAAUCUUUCCAACAUGCAGACACAAGCUUUGAGUGCCCCUAUAACAGCAGUACCGAAGAUGUUAGCUAAUAGAUAUUUUAGUGGAUAAUCUGUCAACUGAUCCAGUAUAAGUUACAGCCUUUCCAUUUUUCUCAUUUUAGGUACCUUGGACUGAGCAGUGGGGCCUUUACUAUAUUUUUCCUGAUAAAUACACAUACUGGCCACUCCUUAUCUCUUUCUUUGAAAGGUGAAAUGUGUUAAGCAGACAAGUCAGCAUCAGGUUACUGAAGUUGCAACUUGAGGGCAACUUUCCCAUUUUGAGCUCAUGUGUUAUGAGGAUUUGCAAUAUAUUGUUCCAUUUAAAGCCAAUAAAAGUUUAAUUGAUGUUUAAUAUUGGUUUAGAAAAUUUAAGAUGUUCUAAAUCACAGUAGCUUUUUCAGGUUAAAACCAUUUUAUGAUAUUGCCAAAAUAAUGACAGGAAACAUACUUAUUAAACUGUUAAGAUUUUUUUUUUUUUU